CCAACGACAGGCCAAGUUUCUUAUCGCUCAAUUCAUCUUUACAAGAAUUUUUUUCAUCGACCUUCUCCUCAAUCCUUGGAAGCAUGGUAUUGGCGGCAGAGCGCCAGGUAAGGUAACGAUGAACAACUUGAGGAUCAUCGCAAAGGUUCUGUUUCAAGCCUUCACUGCCGCACUCGCAUCCGAAGAUCGAACAGACUUGUCCUACGACGCCGACAUCCUCUCGUCGUUCGGCAAGGUGGCAGGGAAUGAAAGGUUGCUCUUCAAUCUCCUUCAAGGCCUUCAUUCAUAUCUAGUCAAGAUGUUUGCAGAGAUUGUCGACAACAUCUUCAACGUUUGCUUUCCCCACGGCAGGGAUGUACAGAACAUCCCGCCGGAGCAGAAUCUCGAGCAAGGCAAGGCACAGCUCGGCGAAGCUCCGAUGGCGCAAGACGUGAAGGAGGAAAGAGACAAAAUGAGCCAGACGCAAGAGGAAGAUGAUAGAGACAACUUCAUCAAUGACGAAGAUGUGCUGGAAGAAGAGGAGAACAUAGAGAAGAAGCUCCUGAAGAUUGAGAACGUUGUCAAUAUGAAGAUGAAGAUGAGAAAAAGAUUAGAGGAAGUAAGGCGAUGAUGUCAAAUUAGGUGAUGAAGAAGAUGUAAAUAUGUAUAUAUUGAUAUCAACAGAAUUGUCCUAACACAU